AUGGAGCACGACCACGUUGCCGUCCCUCCUCACCCCGACGACACCAUCGGUGCCUUCGAUGCCUCUCCCCAGGUAGCCCAGAACAAUGGCUACGAUCAACCAGAGCUGCAGCGUCACCAGUCAAGUCAGUCUCUCGACCAAGGCCUCCCACACUCCCCGCGACCCGAAGAGCAGCACUCGGAUCGGUACAACACACCACCGCUUCCCAUGAACGCCCCUUCCAUCUCAAGACCUGCCUCUGGACUGUCUGGUGGCGGCGCACAACAAGGCUACGCCGACCAUGCGUCGCGCAGCAGCGCCGGUGCGGAGGCCGCUGCCAGCAACGGUCGCAACCACGUUGUCAUCAAGGUCGGCAUGGUAGGAGAUGCGCAAAUCGGCAAGACGAGUCUGAUGGUGAAGUACGUGGAAGGAAGCUGGGACGAGGAUUACAUUCAGACGCUAGGCGUAAACUUCAUGGAAAAGACGAUUUCGAUCCGGAAUACGGAAAUCACUUUUUCCAUUUGGGAUUUGGGCGGCCAGCGCGAGUUCGUCAACAUGCUCCCGUUGGUCUGCAAUGACGCCGUCGCGAUCCUCUUCAUGUUCGACCUGACACGGAAGAGCACGCUCAACAGCAUCAAGGAGUGGUACAGGCAAGGCAGGGGCUUCAACAAGACGGCCAUCCCGAUUUUGGUGGGUACCAAGUACGACCACUUUGUCAACUUUCCGCGAGAAGACCAAGAAGAGAUCUCGAACCAGGCUCGCCGGUUUGCCAAGGCAAUGCGCGCCGCGUUGAUAUUCUCGAGCACGAGCCAUAGUAUCAAUGUGCAAAAGAUCUUCAAGAUUGUGCUGUCCAAGGCCUUUGACCUCAAGUGCACCAUUCCCGAGAUCGAAAAUGUCGGAGAGCCGCUUCUCCUAUAUCAGUCCUGCUGA